AUGUCUCCAUCUUUUCAUAUUCGACAAGCUACGCCAGACGAUGUGGCUACCUAUGAGAAAGAACCAGAAUCGGUCAAAGCAACUCCGAAACUCCUGCGCGAAAGUCUUUUCGGCUCCCCAGCUUGCGCCUAUGCAUUGAUUGCGUUUUCGGGUCCUGUGGAAGCGCCAGGUGAACCAAUAGGCCUAGCCCUAUAUUUCUUCAAUUUUUCUACGUGGACGGGCCGACCUGGAUUAUAUCUGGAAGAUCUCUAUGUGAAACCUGACCACAGGGGUGGAGGUGUCGGCAAGGCGUUCUUUGGCCAGCUGGGAAAAAUUGCACAGGAAAAGAAUUGCGCGAGGCUUGACUGGUCUGUCCUCAAGUGGAACAAGCCGUCCAUUGAAUUCUAUGAGAAGGUACUCGGGGCGAAGUCCAUGUCCGAGUGGAUGGGCAUGAGGCUCGAGGAGGAAGGAAUCGCUAAUCUCAAAACGUUUGCUUGA